ACACUCAGUCUAUCUGUAGACGUCGAGCGACACGACUCCUACGGUAAAGCGAUCCCCCUUCAAGUGUUAUUUCGUCAUGGACGUCCCGAGUUUUUGCGAUGAAGGGACUCUGUCUCCUGACGAAGAUCUGCCCGAUCAAGAAAUCAUCAACGUCUUAGUGGACCCUUCGGAACAUUUGGAUAUCAGUCACCAAUCCGAGAGGAUUGAUAUUUCUGAUAUCCUUACUCCCGUUGCCGUGUCACCCCUGUACACAGCAAGUCAGACACCUGAUGAUGUUAUUCUACUUGAGAUUCACUUUGAACAGGCCACAAUGGCUCCACCUGAAACGGAGGAACCGAACGAGGAAAGGCAGAGAGAACAACUGAUGGAAUAUCUGCAGCAAUGCGACUGGCUCAUUCAACUCUACAAGAACUGUACCCCUUAGGAUAAGGAACCAGAAAUUGAAUUCUUAUUGGAUGGCACCUCGUGCCUUUUUUUUCUAAUCUUGUGCAAUGAUUUUACUUCUUGCAGACAGCUCAAGUCCCUUUCUAUUAUGACUUUCAUCAUGAAAUUCCUCAUCAUUUAGAACCCUCCUCUCAAAUUUUACAUCAGCAGCAGCAACAACUCCAGAAAUAAAACUAACAGUUUCAAACAUUCUUUCGACAACAGAAUUUCCAAGACAUCCCCCUUUGUUGAUGUGAUUGGCAGCCUCGACAAAAUCUUGAUCAGUGACUAAUACCUGCAGAUAACGGGGCUAUUCCCCGAUAUCUGGAAGUAUUCAUCUUGGAACUUGAAGUUAUGAAACUGCUGCAUCAAUGGUUGACAGUCAAAGAGAUGCAGGAUUGAGAAGAUCGCGAGGGGCGUAGAACUCUUCUUCACUCCGAGUUGAAUCAGCUACUAUAUUUUGAAGUGUAACCAUGGCCAGCGUUGAGGAUCUUGUCAGUCAGCUCAUGCAGGCACGGAAUGAAAUAAAUAAUCUAAGGAAGAAAAUGCGGGCUUUGCAAGCGCAACAUCAAAAGGACAUAGACGUUAUCACAAAGAUAGUGGAUGAUGGUUUUGAGAAAGGAGAUGAUGGAGCACAGCUAAAUGAUCAACAACUACCUCAGUCUGAUAGUCCAGGAGAAAUUACCUGUUUAUCUAGACACUUCAGCAAAUGGAGACCUAUUGGUCACAUUCAGAGUUGGUUUCACACAAAGAAUGGAACUCCACGCCAGGGAAGUGUGAAUCCACUUAGUCGUGGAGUUCUUUGUAUAGACAAAAGUAUUUUUAAUAAUCCACAUCAUUCACUGGAUGGGUUAGAGGAAUAUUCAUAUGUCUGGGUCAUAUUCAUUUUCGACCAGAAUGGGGAAGGUCCCAAAGGCGGCCAUAGCAAGAGCAAAGUUGCCCCUCCGAGGUUGAAUGGCGAAAGAAUAGGAGUCUUUGCCACUCGGUCUCCUCAUAGACCUAACCCCCUGGGGUUGACUCUUGCUAAGCUGGAAAAAGUAGACGGAAACUGUGUGUACCUUUCUGGUUUAGAUAUUUUGGAUGGGACACCAGUGAUUGACAUCAAACCAUAUAUCCCAGAAUAUGAUUCACCUCCAGUAAUAUCUCCCUAUAAAUGCAAUGUCAUGUCAAAGGAGGCAAUGGAUUCUCCCAUUCAUGGGAUGAGAUCGCUAAGUCUCAGUGAGGACUCUAAUAAUGCGAGGGAAAUUUUCUGCCGAAGACAUUCCCUUGAUGACCAAUUAUCGGGUGCGUUAGCAUUUGACACUUCAUGGGACAAGAUGUCAUUUCCUUCAGCAUCCACAAGAAGCUGUGAGGACCUCUCAGAAGAUUCUCAUUUAGAAAACAGAAAUUAUAAUGAAUUUGGGGGUCAUUCAAUGGCUGAAGAUAUGUGUAUGUUUGAGAAACAUCCUUAUUUAGCAUAUGAUAGCAAGCAGUAUUCACCUAUUGUCAAAGUAGCCGAAUGGGUAAAAGCACCACGUAUACCGUCAUUAGUGGUCGAGUUUAAUCCUGUAGCAGAGGCUCAGAUUAAACAGUUUUCUGCUGGACACGUAGAUGAUUCCUACAGACUCGAGUACCUUAGAAGUCACGAUGAGUUGCAAUCAGCCAUAUAUAACAUCCUUCAAGAAGACCCACGCUCCUCUUACCGGAGAACAAAAUGUGCUUCCAGUUUGUAUUAUUUCACUGUUGAUACUGCACAUGUCACAGUUUGGUUUGACGGACAAACUGCUGAGGUGCUAAGGGUCAAACCGUUACAUGGUCGUAAAAAUCUUGUGCCAAAACAAAAGUAAUAUUGUUUAAAAAAUAGGCAAGAUUUUCAUUGUUAUUUGAAUUGGUGGUGUGAGAUACUAUAUCAUAUACGAGUCGUUACGAUUUUUAUAGUUUUAAUGGUGUAUUGUUUUUAAUUAUAUAAAUUUCUGUGUUAUUUUUGAAGUUUGUGAAAUUUUGUAAAGUAAAUUAUUUUUUUAUAAUAGAUUUUCAUUCUUUUCCUUUAGAUUUCUGUACAAUUAGUUUUCAUCUGCUGUACUUCAGAAUGCUUUCGUUGUUUUGUGUUUUGUUUAUGGUAUAUGAAUCUACAUGUCUUUGAUGUCAGUGCAUACUUUAUAUUUUUAGUGUUGUAGUUUAUGGUAUUCAUAAUCUUUCCGUAAUUCAUUGUAACCGUGUGGUGUUAUGUAUUAUGAAUAUAAUGACCUUAUUCUGGAAUUGCUCAAAAGUAGUAUGUGGUUUUUGGCAUCCCCCAUAAGAUUCUGAAAGUGUGCAUAGUGAGUGAUUUGUACAUCCAUUCGUCCCCUCUUGUUAUACGUCAUUGAGAGAGCAAUAUGAAAGCCAAAGCAGCUAAUACCUUAUACACUGUAGCGGUAUAAGGCUUGGUUGUUUUAUUCACUGGCUGAUGUGACUGAAUGAAAUCAUUGCAGAUCAUUUUUCUUAUAAAGGUAAUAUAGUAGCUCCUGUUGUUCAGUUUCUGAAAGGCCAGAGAAUGAAUAAAGAAAUGUUUCUUAUGUUAAAAUUGUUGACAAUCAAGAAUGGAAACUUUUGCUGUUGUUCCUUUGAAACAUUUCUUUAUUUGAUUUCAGAAGUAAAUGAUAUUGUCAGUGGAAUUUAAAUGAGCGUCGUGUUCUCAAUGGAAAAUAAAAACCCUCUGUUUUGAUUGAUCUUCUGUAUUUUUGUCUUACACAUCCUUUGACUUUUGGGAGACAGUUCAUUACCACUUGAUAAAAAAGUUUAGGCAUGUCCUCUGACUUUUAGGCUAUGUAGGAUAACAAUCCAGAAGUGUGGAAACAAUGUUUUUUAUUUUCCAUAAGUUAUAGUUAUGAAUUCCCCCCUAAGUAUAACUUUUGAUGUUUCAUGUUUGUCCUUUGGUCACAAUUAACUGAGAGAAAAGUUAACCUUUAUAUCAUGCUGUAUGACGACAUCUGUUCUCAGUUCACAGUGUUGAAAAUUGCUAGAAUGUUUGUUCAGGGUUAAUGUAUUUUACAGACUCCUUUAAUUAAAGUUUGGACAAUUUAGAAAAAACCUUUGGAUUAUUAAUUUUAGGCUGACGGAAAGGAUGAAAAUAAAAUAUUCAGCUACACUGUCCUUUAAUUCUCAUUUAAGACAUGAAGACUUGUGUUAAUGGAGUUAGUUGGUGUGUGAUAAUUUCUGGUCCUGUGCUGAUGUGAUUUGCCCACGAGUUGACGGUAGAGGAAGAUACCAUAACUAGACUAUAACAUUGAUUGUUCCCCAGUUGUUUUCCUUCUGCAGUAGUUGGUGUUUUUGUACAUAUAUUUUAGCAUAAUUUUACAAUUUAUUCAGUAAAUCCUCGGUUAAGAACCCAACGAAUAUGCAAAUUUCAGUUGAUCAUUCAUUCCCUGGACUUAAUAAUUCCGCAAACACCAUAAACAAAGGCAAGAAUCCUUGGAUACAGUAUCUCACCUUUUUAAGCUUUCACCCAUUAUUUACUAAUGGGUUUGGAUGCCAUUUCUGUAUGAAAGACUAUGUUGAUGGAAUACAAAUACUGUGUAUUACUGUACUGUAUUUGCAAUUUAUUAUGAUCUCCAUAUGUAUAGCAAGUAAAAUAUAUGUAGUAUAUGUAGAGGUUGGGUGGCUGUGAAAAUAUAAAUGCCUUUGCAUCAGUUUUAAUGUGUCUUUGCUAGCAGAAGGUAACAUCAAACACUCUUCCUUAGUUUUCUGUGGAGCUGUACUACAUUUUGAAGCUUGAUGUCUGCAUGUGUGCUUUAGUAAUCAGUAUGUUUAUAUAUAUAUAUAAAA